AUGGAAACUGGUUCAGAAGUUUGUAGAUUUAUUUUAUUUUGUACUAAUCCAUGUAGUGUUAUUCAACCUAUUCGUUCAAGAUGUGUUAUGAUUCGUGUUCCUCUUCCAGAUAAACAACAAAUGACUAAAAUUGUUGAAAAACUUGGAGGAAAUGAAAAAAUCGUUGGUAUUUCUCGUGGAAAUAUUCUAUUAGCUGAAGCAGCAGCAUUUGAAUAUAGAUUAACUGGAAAGAUAGAGAAUUUAUAUUGGAGAGAAAAGUUAGCUGAGAUUGUUAUUAGUAUGAAAAAGAUUUCCUCAAAAGAGUUUGAAAAGAAACGAGAUGAAGUUGUGGAAUUAUCAACAAUCAUUUCUGCUGAUACUAUCUUAAAGACAAUGUUUUGGUAUUUAAUGGAAUCAAAAAUUGAUCCAAAAUAUAAAUUAGAAAUUCCUUCUAUUGCAAUGAAACAUAGUCAUAAUAUGUCACUUGGAACUGAACCAAUUUAUCAUAUUGAAGCAUUUAUUACUAUUAAUUUAUGUUCUGUCAAAAUAUUAUUAUUGUCUAAUUGUACCAACAUUAAUAUUUAUGAUAUUAACCAUCAAUCUAUUCAUUAA